AUGGAGCGUUCUUCUUUUCAGUUUCUCUUUGCGAUUUUUCUGUUGCUUUCUCUCUUACAUUCCUCUUUCUCCGAGAUCCGUUUCUCCGAGAUCCGAAACGACGACCGUCCCAUCGUUCCGUUCGAUCAAUUCGGUUUCACUCAUAACGGCCGUCUCGAACUCAACGUCUCCAAAAUCUCACUCUCCAAUUCCAAUCUCGAUCUCUCCAAGGUCGGUUUCUUCCUCUGCACUCUCGAUUCAUGGCUUCACGUUCUUCAACAGCUUGAAGAUGGUGAAAUUCGUUGCGCUCUUCAAUCGGAUCUUGUUAAAUCCGUUUACACUUUCAAUUCUCUUAACGGUAAAGAUUCAUUCAAUACGCUUUACAAUGAAACGGAUGCGGAUCAGUAUAAUCUUGUUUUCGCUAAUUGUCAUCCGCAACAGCUUAAAGUCACCAUGGAUGUUGAUUCGGCGAUGUAUAAUCUCGACGGAAAAAGUAACGUCCGUGAUUAUCUCUCCGCCGGUAGAACCAUUCUUCCUAGGGUUUAUUUCAUUUUCUCUUUGAUGUACUUUACCCUUGCCGCCGUUUGGAUUAGUGUUCUUUACAAAAAACGGUUAACCGCAUUUCGAAUUCAUUAUUUCAUGCUUGCUGUUAUUAUUCUGAAAGCUAUUAACCUUUUGUGUGAGGCUGAAGAUAAAUCGUAUAUUAAGCGCACUGGAAGUGCACAUGGUUGGGAUAUACUGUUCUAUAUGUUUAGUUUUCUCAAAGGGAUUUCGCUUUUCACUCUUAUUGUGUUGAUUGGUACUGGUUGGUCUUUCUUGAAACCAUUCCUUCAGGAUAAGGAAAAGAAGGUUCUCAUGAUUGUGAUUCCGCUUCAGAUUGUUGCUAAUAUUGCUCAGGUUGUUAUUGAUGAGAGUGGACCUUAUGGUCAUGAUUGGGUUACCUGGAAACAGAUUUUCCUCCUUGUUGAUGUUGUUUGUUGCUGUGCUGUGUUGUUUCCUAUUGUGUGGUCGAUUAAGAAUCUCCGUGAGGCUGCUAGGACUGAUGGCAAGGCUGCUGUUAAUUUGAUGAAGCUGACUCUCUUCAGGCAUUACUAUGUUGUUGUUAUAUUUUACAUUUACUUCACAAGGGUUGUGGUUUACGCGUUGGAGACUAUUACUUCGUAUCGAUAUUCUUGGACUAGUGUGGUUGCUGCUGAGUUGGCUACACUUGCUUUCUAUAUGUUUACGGGUUAUAAGUUCAAGCCAGAGGCUCACAAUCCCUAUUUUGUUAUUGAUGAUGAAGAGGAAGAGGCUGCUGCUGAGGCGUUGAAGCUUGAAGAUGAAUUUGAAUUGUAA